GUCUGAGUGUAUUAAGUGCCGUGCCGGCCUGUCCGCACUGUAGCGAGUGGCGCCCCGCCCUCCUCUGUGAUCACGUGAUCUUGUGACCGCCGACCAAUUCCUGGCCGGCUGGGUCAGUCGGUGCCGGGCAGCCAGCCAAUACAGGCCUAUCGAGGACGCGGACUUUACAGUGGCGACGAGGCAACCACUCACAGGCGGCGAUGACCAACGAGAGCAAGGUGACCAGCCCUCCUGGAAUGUCGGCUAUUGGCAUCGGUGAAUACCAGGCGAGUACAGAUUGGCAAGAAUAUGUCGAAAGAUUUGAAUUUUCUUGUUUUGCACAAGGUAUCACUGAGGAUGAGCGCAAAAAAGCCUUAUUACUUGCAUCUGUUGGCCAAGAAACUUAUACGAGUAUCAAGUCAGUUUUGUCACCGGCAUCACCUGUUGGACUUCCAUAUGUGGAGUUGUUGGAGCGAGUGGGUCGGCAUUUAGCACCCAAGCAAUCAGUGAUACUCAGCCGGUUUAAGUUCAAUCAGUGCAUUCAGGAACCUCAUCAGUCAGCUGCUGAUUACGUCGCUAACCUCAAGAGAUUGGCCGAAAAAUGUGAUUUUGGUCAGACUUUGGACAGCAUGCUUCGUGACAGACUUGUGUGCGGGGUCAAAGACUCCGUGUUGCAGAAGCGGCUUCUGGCGGAGGAGGACUCCCUGACGUUCGUCAUGGCCGAGAGGUUGGCGCUGGCGGCGGAGUCGGUCACCAGAGACGUGGGUCAGCUCGCGGCGGGCCGUGCCGUCGGUUCGCUGGAAUCUGAAGCGGUACACCGCGCCGAUCAGCUGAUUUCUGACCGGCAGCGCGCCGGUUCCGUGACCGGGUCAAGGUCAGUGGGUCGCGGUCGAGCCGCGGCGGCCGCCGGGUCGCGGCAGGCUGGCCGGCCGGGGCGGGGGACCGGUGACCGACCGGGAGGGUCCGAAGCAGCCGACAUGAGGCGGCGUCAGGACUGCUAUCGAUGUGGUGGUAUGCAUAACCCACGGAACUGUCGAUUCCGCGACUAUCACUGUCAUAGCUGCGGUGAGCUGGGGCACCUGAAACGCAAGUGUGUUCGAAGUGUCCAUGCUGUAACCGACCCUCCUGCAGUUCAGAAUGAUGACAGUCAGAGUGAGUCAGAUGUUUGCAGUAUCUACUCUGUUGGCCGCCCCAAGUGUCCCCCGAUCACCGUCGAGGUACUGGUUUUCGGUGUCCCUGUGCGGUUUGAAGUUGACACCGGGGCUGCUAGCACUCUGAUGACCGCCGAAACGUUCCGGAAUGUGUCGGACAACGGGGGGCAUGGCGGGCUGACGCUCUCCAGGUCAGAGGCGAGGCUGCGCUCGUAUACGGGAAACGCCAUCCCUGUCAUCGGUGAGUUCAGCGCCGUUGUGAGGUACGAAAGCCAGCAUCUGGACCUGCCCGUUCUGGUCGUCGAGUCACACGGGCCGAAUCUGCUGGGCCGUGAUUGGUUGGCGACACUGAAGCUUGACUGGUGCGGCAUCAAACAGGCGCCGGGUGGAGGAGCAGCUUCAGGCGGAGGUGGAAGCCGGUGUCCUAGAGCCGGUGAAGUCGUCAGACUGGGCCUGCCAGAUCGUUCCAGUCUUGAAGCCGGACGAGGGAGAUGGAGAAGCUGCUGGCCGGUCUGCAGAAUGUGUUCGUCUUCCUGGACGACGUGCUCGUCUCUGGGUGCGACGAAGUGGAGCUGCUGAAGACUGUGGAGGAGGUGCUGCGGCGUUUCCAGGACGCUGGCGUCAAGGGGCAUCGGCGCUGUGCUGUCGCACCGGUUCACAGACGGCACAGAAAAACCGGUUGGGUUUGCAUCUCGAUCCCUGAACUCUGCCGAAAUUCGGUAUAGCCAGAUUGAGCGCGAGGCAUUGGGAAUUAUCUUCGGCGUUACUGCGUUCCGUGAGUACUUGUACGGACUGCAUUUUAUCUUGGAAACAGAUCACAAGCCUCUUCUAGCUUUGUUUGGGGAGACGAGAAGCAUGCCAGAGAUGACCAGCAGCAGGCUAAAGAGGUGGGCUCUUCGACUGUCAGAGUUUUCCUACACUAUUCGUCACAAAUCUACUCGUGACAUUCCUCACGCCGACUGCCUCAGCAGACUGCCGACGGGCUCGGCAUUAGACAUGCCCGUCAGCGAUGAUACAGAGGCAGAAAGAGUGCUCCUAACGACUCAGUUAGAGGAUAUAGGAAGUCUGAGCCCAGAAAAAUUGGGAGUGAUGACAGCACGAGACCCUGUUCUUUGCAAGGUGGUUCGCUGCAUUAGGACUGGUUGGGCACGCGAACCGGGCGAUGAAUUGCGGCCUUACAGUGCCCGUCAAGCUGAGCUGUACGAGCUAGGCAAUGUCAUCAUGUGGGGUGAUCGUAUAGUCAUCCCACCAAAAGCCCGCAGCACCGUCUUAGCUGAGUUGCACGCCUGUCAUUUCGGUGUCGUAAAAAUGAAAUCUAUGGCUCGGUCCGCAGUCUGGUGGCCCGGAAUUGAUCGAGAUAUAGAGCAAAUGUCGUCCGGAUGUGAUAUCUGUCAGCUCCACCGUCCCGAUCCACCACAGGAAGAACUCCAUCCAUGGGAGUGGCCGCAGCGUCCUUGGUCUCGCCUGCAUGUUGAUUUUGCUGGGCCUGUGCGUGGAAGGUACUAUCUGGUGUUAGUUGACGCAUUUUCAAAAUGGAUCGAGGUUGAAGAGAUGACGUCGAUCACUGCUCAGGCUACGAUUUCUCGUCUCACUGCCAUAUUCAGUCGCUUUGGGCUUCCUGACAUGAUAGUGUCAGACAACGGACCUACUUUUACCAGUGAGGAAUUCCAGACUUUCCUCACCAGAAAUGCAAUCGU